AACAUCUAUUAUAGAUCUUGUAACAAAGAGAGAAUCUAUUUACUAUCUAAAAUCCUCUCUGGUGGCUGAAUUAUGCAGCUGUCUUAUUAGCUCAACUUUUGUUAGUGAGAUCUACCAACAUGUUUUUGUUCCAGAUAUGGGGUCAUUAAGAUAACAGCAAUUAUCACAUGGCCAAUUAUCUCAGCCUGUUAUUAAUUUUUAAUCAAAAGCAGUUCUGCUCAAGGUGUGUUGCGCAUUUUGGAUCUUGAAGUCUACAAUUUAUAGUCAAUCUAUGUAGGCCAUUAAAAAUCUGGUUUUCACAUUCCAUGUGUGUCAGUGUGUUAACAACACAGCCAUUUUACAGGGUCCAAGAAUCAGCAGUGCUCAUGUCAGGGUCAAUGUCCAGUCAACAUGUGACAAUGUUGUCAAGGUCAAGGUCUAGUCAAUGUAUAACAAUGUGGUCAAGGUCUAGUCAACAUGUGACAAUGUGGUCAAGGUCAAGGUCCAGUCAACUUGUGACAAUGUUUUUGACCCUGACUUUAGUCCUGUCUUGUUGUGUUGGUCAGGGAACAACCUUUUCACUAAGUGAGCUCAGUCAGCUAGCAGGAGUAGAUCUCCCAACACUACUGUCUGGCAGUGACUACAAGCUUGUGGGAGAGGAAAUAGAGUUGACCUGUGUACUCAAUCAAAAGGCUUUGGACAACAAUUUUACUUCUGGUGACAUCUUUUUUAUGCACUCUAACAUGACAGCCUACAGCCAGCGCCAGUGUAUUCCUCCAAGCUUUGUCCAUAUAGUCAACACAACAACAUCAACUCUCAGACUUCCUAAUGUCACUCUAGCUAAUGCCGGAGAAUAUUCGUGUUAUGUUGAUACCCUGCCUUGUGGAGCUGGAAGACAAUUGGAGAUGAUUGCUUCUACUGAUGUUCAGGUUCAGUAUGGCCCUCAGAACGUGACCAACAUGAGAUGUGUUGUGUAUGAGAUGGAAACAAUGACUUGCACCUGGCAACAUCCUGUCAGCUACAACAUGAAAAACACAACUGUGUCUGUCUACUAUAACUCAGAUCCUUCCAUGCCCUCAAAUAUAGCUCCAUGUCCCCAACUGAGUACUGAUAGCUGUAUAUGGGAUAGCAACACCUUUCGUUCAGUACCCUACCAUAUUGUGAUCAAUGUUACAAAUAUAGUCAGAAAUUCUACGGCUAGCAGCCACUUUACAAUUGAUGUCAAUCAAAUACUAAAGCUGGCCCCUGUGGAAGGUUUGACCCUCAGUCCAUCUUCAUCUCAAGACUGCUACACCUUGACCUGGACAAGUAAAUCUUUGUUUACUUCAACAUGUAUAAUCAAGCACACAUCUAAGGGACACACAAACAUAAAGGAAAAUGUGGAGGCCAAAAGAUUUGAAUUCUGCGGUCUGAAACCUUAUACCAGCCAUAGUUUCUCUGUGAGUUGUACCCCCAGUGGACUUCAUUCUGGUUUCCCAAGUGAUCCAGCACUUUAUGAAUAUACAACACCAGAGAAAGCCCCUGAUGUGGGACCAAGCAUUACAAAUGGCAGUUAUAAUUCAGUGACAUGCAACACAGGCAGGAAAAACAUAACCGUUUAUUGGAAGCAAGUUCCUGAGUUUGCCAGAAACGGAGUGAUAAAAACCUAUAUUAUUGAUACUGGAAAUAUGACAGAAGAAGUCGAUGCAGGAAAAUUUGAAGCCACAGUUGAAACAGAUUGUAAUACUUCAGUCAUCCAACUUUUUGCUGUUAAUGGAGCAGGACUGUCUACAACUCCUUCAGUACUGCAAAUCUCUAAUUUAACUGUGCCACCAAAUGUUGAGAAAACAUUUUCUGUAUUCCGAAACGAUGAGAACAAGACAUUUCAAGCUGUGUGGGAGUCCAAGAAGGACAAUUCUACCUACAUCAUAUUUUGGUGUUUUAGAACUAGCACUUCAGCAAGUUGCCAGAGUGAAAUGUUUUGGUCUCUAGUUCCUGCAUCCCUGUCAGAUGUGGAGAUUCCAGAACCAAAUCUCAGCCCCUUGAUUCGUGUGGGCAUUUCAGUUUUUGAUGGAAGACAAGCUUCUGGAAUUUUCUGGGCUGAAUGUUCAUACAUACAAAAUCCAAAUACAGUACCUGCCCCAGUAAACCUGGUCGCCAUCCCCAAACAGAGCUCAGCCCUUUUAUACUGGAACCCUGCUGGCUGUGAAGAAAACGCCGUCAAAGUGACAGAAUAUGUAGUCAAGUACAGGAAAGAUGGUGGAAAGGCCAAUGACUACAGCACACAGACUGUACCAGGAGACUGGAACAAUUUUGAGCUGUCUGACCUAGAGACAGACAUAAAUUACACCAUCAGGGUUCAGAGUGUAUCCAACAGCAAGCCUGGAGAGGAGGCUGUUACAUCAGUCAAAAUCAGCCCACCAGAUGACAGUUCGAUAAAAGUCAUCAUAGUCUCUGUUAUUGUCCCUGUUUCUGUCAUUUUAUUGGGAGUGCUGGCCUUUUAUUGUGUGAGAAAGACUUUACAAUCAAGGGCAAAGUUUAAAGAUUUAUCUAGCAACCCCUCAUUGGAAGUUGAUGAAGGUGUAGCUCUGAGAUCUGUCAGUACUGAGUCAUCCAGCACAUCAGACCAAGCCACACACAGCACAGCUCAACUUAUCCAGCAGUCUGUCAGACAAGGUAUCCAGCAGUCUGUCAGACAAGGUAUCCAGCAGUCUGUCAGACAAGGUAUCCAGCAGUCUGUCAGACAAGGUAUCCAGCAGUCUGUCAGACAAGGUAUCCAGCAGUCUGUCAGACAAGGUAUCCAGCAGUCUGUCAGACAAGGUAUCCAGCCGUCUAGCAGAGCUCAGCUCAUACAGAAUCAGGCAUACAACCCAGUCCAGACCAACAGUUCAUCCCCUACACAUUCCUUCAGACUGGUGACAGCUAACAACCAUUUCAUUGAGCCCAUUGAAUCCAUUGAAUCCAUUCCUCCCAUUGAAUCCAUUCCUCCCAUUGAAUCCAUUCCUCCCAUUGAAUCCAUUCCUCCCAUUGAAUCCAUUCCUCCCAUUGAAUCCAUUCCUCCCACUCAAUCCAUUCCACAUCCAGUCCAGGAUUCUGAUAAUCCAAACAGUUCUUCGGGUGCUGACAUGGAGCAAUAUUUGAAAAUGUACACCAAACCAGACACUAGCCAGGAAUCUGCUGGCCCACAAACACAUGUCAACACUGCUCCACCUGCUCCAGCUGUCCAUGUGGUCAUGCAUGUGGCAGCUGGUGCGUUACCUCAUGGACCAGCUACAGCUGAAUGUGAAGAUUACAUGCACAUAACAAUGGAGGAUGUGGACAGAUCUCUGGAUGUCACUGACCUCUCAGCCAUCUCACCACCUGUUGUUGGACAUACAGCACAGGUGACAUCAGCACAGGUGACAUCAGCACAGGUGACAUCAGGACAGGUGACAUCAGCACAGGUGUCAUCAGCACAGGUGACAUCAGGACAGGUGACAUCAGCACAGGUGACAUCAGGACAGGUGUCAUCAGCACAGGUGACAUCAGGACAGGUGACAUCAGCACAGGUGACAUCAGGACAGGUGUCAUCAGCACAGGUGACAUCAGGACAGGUGACAUCAGGACAGGUGACAUCAGCACAGGUGUCAUCAGCACAGUCAUUAUCUAACCCCAGCAUAUCACCUACACAAUUGCAACCAUCAGACAACCUGUAUGUUGCUCUAUUACCAGCACUACCAUCAGACCCACAAAACAUAACAAACAGACCCCCAGUUAUAGACCCACAAAACAUAACAAACAGACCCCCAGUAAUAGACCCACAAAACAUAACAAACAGACCCCCAGUUAUAGACCCACAAAACAUAACAAACAGACCCCCAGUAAUAGACCCACAAAACAUAACAAACAGACCCCCAGUUAUAGACCCACAAAACAUAACAAACAGACCCCCAGUUAUAGACCCACAAAACAUAACAAACAGACCCCCAGACCCACAAAACAUUACAAACAGACCCCCAGUAAUAGACCCACAAAACAUAACAAACAGACCCCCAGUUAUAGACCCACAAGACAUAACCCACAGACCCCCAGUAAUAGACCCACAAAACAUAACAAACAGACCCCCAGUUAUAGACCCACAAAACAUAACAAACAGACCCCCAGACCCACAAAACAUAACAAACAGACCCCCAGUAAUAGACCCACAAAACAUAACACACAGACCCCCAGUAAUAGACCCACAAGACAUAACCCACAGACCCCCAGACCCACAAAACAUAACCCAAGGACCCCUAGCUUUAGACCACCCUGAUUAUCUGCCCAUUCCCCCUACUGGGUUUGUAAAUCAAGGGCAACAAGCAGCCAACUCUUCUGAUAGUUUCAACUCUUUCCAUUCCUCUACAGACUCAUCAGUUAGCUCCUUUGGUCAUUUGGAUUAUGUGUGAAGGUUUUUUCUUAUAUAAAUCAAUGGUACAUGAUCAUUUUAUUUAUUUGUGAAAUGUUUGGUACAUCUAUCAAUUGUACAUGGUUAUUAUAACUGUUUGUGUAAUAUUGGUACAUCUAUCAAUUGUACAUGAUCAUUUUAACUAUUUGUGAAGUUUUUUUGUUAGAUAAAUCAAUUGUAUAUGAUCAUUUUUUACGCAUUUUUACUGAGUCAAACAAAAGUCAUUUAUCUACAUGAUUAAUACAACUGAAUUCAUGUUUUUACAUUUACAAGAAUUGAACAUUGAAAGGACAUGUGUUUCUAUACAUGCAGUUUCUUGCUAGAAUGUUCACACUUUGCGAUGCCUUUGUUGUUGUAUAUUUUCUUGUUGGUUUUACACAUAUCACUCUGUGCAAUAUUUAUUUGUAGAUCAGAUUCAUGAGCUAGUCAUCAUUUCAAUAUUUUACAUCCAGUUCAUCACAAAACAGGUUUCUUUCAUCCACUGGUGCUAAAGUGGGCGGAAUAUUGAUUGCAUCUAGUCCAUCACAAAGGUGGUUUAUGAACUCACUGAAUCAUUGUAAUGUUAAUUUUACUGUUGAAAGUUUACUUUGUGGUUUGUGAAUACUUUCUUAAUGAGUGUUUUUAUGGAAGAAUGGAAUGUCCAUUGAAUAUGAUGGGGAGGGGUAGGAUGAUGUGUGCUUGAUCUUCUAUCUAAACCAGCCUGGGGUAGGAUGAUGUGAGCUUGAUCUUCUAUCUAAACCAGCCUGUGUAUUCUUACAGCUGCCUGGUUUCCUUCAGACUACUGAUGAAAAUUAAACCUUGACCUUCAGACUACUGAUGAAAAUUAAACCUUGACCUUCAGACUAAUGAUAAAAAUUAAACCUUGACCUUCAGACAGCUGAUGAAAAUUAAACCUUGACCUUCAGACAGCUGAUGAAAAUUAAACCUUGACCUUCAGACUACUGAUGAAAAUUAAACCUUGACCUUCAGACUACUGAUGAAAAUUAAACCUUGACCUUCAGACAGCUGAUGAAAAUUAAACCUUGACCUUCAGACUAUUGAUG